GUAUCUCCAAUUUCAUGUCCUCUUUCCAUGACCGUUAGAGGGAGAUCAGAGGAGAGAGAGAGAUAGAGAAAGCUUUGCCGGGAAUUAGAGUGUGACGGAGGUGUUUUAAUAAUACUCUCCUCUAGUCCUCUUCAUGGCAGCAUUUAGCUACUCUACACUGCUUCCUUUUCGCAGCGAUGUUCGAGCAUCUUCCUUGGCAUUCCAGACUUCCCAUCGGUCAUGGUUGCUUCCCAAGAGAUCCUUCCAUCGGAGGAGACAUUUUGGAAUUCGAGCAGAAGUCAACUAUGUUAAUGCUGAUGAAGCUAAAAAUCUUGUAGCAUCCAAAGGGUAUGCAAUUGUGGAUGUACGAGAUAUAACUCAAUUUGAGCGAGCUCACAUUAAAUCAUGUUAUCAUAUUCCCAUUUUCAUUGAAAACAAAGACAAUGACCCUGGCACAAUCAUAAAAAGGACUCUGCACAACAAUUUUUCGGGUUUAUUCUAUGGCUUGCCUUUCACUAAAACAAACCCUGAUUUUCUGCAAUCUGUGAAGAGCCAAUUUUCGCCUGAUAGCAAGUUAUUGCUUGUAUGUCAGGAAGGAUUGAGGUCCAACUCAGCUGCUAGAAAGUUGGAAGAACAGGGCUUCAAAAAUGUAGCAUGCAUAACGUCCGGACUUCAGUCUGUAAAACCAGGCACAUUCGAAUCCGUUGGUUCUACCGAAUUACAAGAUGCCGGUAAAGCUGGUUUAGUUACGAUUCAGGGAAAGAUUUCAGCUGUACUUGGAACUGUUCUUGUUUGUGCAUUUCUGUUCAUCACUUUCUUCCCUGACCUGGCCGAAAAACUGCUUCCUGCAAGCUAGACCAAUUAUAAGGGUAGGUGGUGGAGACCGAAGAAAAAACAGUUGCGAUUUUCUGUCAUUAGCCAAAGUCUAAGAAAAUUAGUAUUCUUGAAUCACAAUUUUAUAUGGAAAUUUUGUUUAUGAAUUUGGAGCCUGGUUUCCGUCAUCAUUAGCUUGCAGCAUUAUCUGUUUGUUUUAAUUAGUAGUUGCAGCAUCAAUGUAAAGCUUCAGGGAGGUUUAAUAGAUAUGAAUCUCAAAAUUGUCAAGGAUAUUAUAGUGUUAGGGCCUAUUUCUCUUCUUGUUCCAUCAUGAAACUUCAAGUAUCUUGAAUUUUGUUAAAUUAUUUGAAGUUGAAAGUGA